UGAGCUGAACAAUGGCACACAGCCAUAAACAGUUGGACCAAGUUCAAGGUCAAUUCGAAUCCCCACUCGCCAACACGUUGCCGCAGUACAUCUUCAUUCUUUUAAGAAACAUGUCGUGUUAGAUCGUUGAAAUGUUGUUUCUUUUAAAUUGUUUGCUCGUGCUCGUCUUACUAACGACGUUAAAACUGCCCAGUUAUAUGGUGCGAUGUGAGCUACCACAAGAACCGGACAGUGAUCCCCAACCAGCCAGUGAUGAUGAUCUCGACGGGCUGAAAGAAGUGUUCUACCGCAAUCUAAUGGCGGACAUGCGCAUGGGAGAAUCCGGGAAACCGCUGGUCAUCACCCCAGAGUUGGAAAACCGCGUGGAGCGACGCAUUCAAAGCUUCCUCAGUGCAACGGAUGGCUCCAGUUGGGUUCGGCGACGUCGCCAAGCCGUUCAUGGUGGACCGAUAACCGGCGAGAUGGAAUAUCAAUCAGUGGAGAAUACUGCUUCUCAUGCGGACAUUUACGCUGAAACGGCUGAAGCCGAAAAUCGCUACCUCAAAGGUUUCCGUGAGCGAGGAUCCAUACCGGUUAGCUUUCCCAUCGAUAUCUGCUUGCUUAAAGUGGGACGCUCCGUUUUCGGUGCAUCACUGCAUAUUCGGAAAUCCAAGGAGAACUACAAGAACCAAACCAUCGUAACGUUCUACAAGAGACAGAAGGGACAGUUCCACAAGUACAAGGAGUACUUGGCGGCUCAAGCACGACAUUUCGACUGUAUUUCGCACGCUUCGCUCGGGUUUGUCGCCGUGGUCAACUACUACGACAAUGCGGCUAACCAAGAAUUCCCGGAAGCUCAUCCAGGGUUCGACGAGGGGUCGCCCGUGUUUCAAAUUCAUGAGGACGGCACCACUGAGAUUAUACAAAAGUUUCGACAAUCCAAUCAGAAUACGGUUCACAUGUGGACUGCGGGGAACCAUUUCUAUCUGACGCACACGUACAUCAAUUUGAACGAAAGCGUUGAAAACGUUUGCCCUCUAUAUCGCUGGACCGGGUAUCACUUCGAUGUGAUCGAUGAGCUGCCGUGCUACAAUUCCAUCAACAUAGAACCGUUCUCGAUCGAGCAGACCCUGUACAUCGCCAUCGCCAAUCAGAUGAACGAUCAGUCCGUCGAAGAGGACACCUUUUCCGACAUCUUUCGGUUUAACUACGAACAGCAGAGGUUCGAGUUCCACCAGAAGAUCUACGUCUACUCCGUGUCGGAUAUAGCGUACUUCUUCCUGGAGUUGGGCGACGUUCGCGAACACUACUUAAUCACGGGAAAUUCGCGAGCCGGCAAGGAAACCGCGAUCGAUAAGCUUGACUACGAUCAGCAUUCGAUCGUGUACAAGUUCGUCGAGGGAUACUUCGUGCCGGUGCAGAAGAUCGAACUGCACCAGGUGAAGAUGUUCCUGCCCGUUACGCACGAGAACGGUGAUUUCCUGCUACUGAUCCGCUGCAAAGGCAAGCCCCUGUUGAUCUACGAGUACGAUGGCUAUAAGUUUGUACCUUCGCGAAUUGAUUACACCCGGAAUGCCUUUAGCACGGGAGUGUCGUUCAUGCGCGUCUAUCGACACAUUCUGAACACCAGUCUGAUCGUGAUCGCCAACAAGCAAAGCUACGGGACUACGGCGAACCUGUUCACUCCUAUCUACGGCGUUGAGAAUGAUCUCCGGGAUGUCUACGGGCAGUUUAUAUCGUGGUGUAGCGAAACGACCCAUCAGUUGGAGAACGUCAAUCUGGAAGAGGUUUAUAACAAACUGGCUGCGCUGCCGAAGAUUUCGGGUAGCGGUGCAAGGUUCGAGAAGGAUAUAGAAGUCAAGGACUCGAGUGUGGAAAAGCUGAGGACUAAAGUUUUACACACGAAGCACUUCAUGUUCAACCAAGAAGCGUUCGAUUAUUUGAACAAUGUGAAUGCACAGAUGAAGGCGUUGAAGCAGAAGGCGAAGAAACUUCGUAGCUUGAUCGAUGACAGCCUGAAGUUGAGUGAAGCGAUGGAAGUCCGUGGGGACGUUAGGGUACCGCAGGUGAUCGCGGCCGACGGAUUGAUAAGGGAUCUAGAAGCGAAGAAUGUCAACGAUGAGCGGGUGGUUCCCAGAGUUGCGAAUCAAACAAAACACGAAGAUGUGAUCAAUGUAGAUCGACUGAUCAUUGAAGACAGAUUGGCGGUAAAGUUCUUGAACGGCUAUGCCAGUGAAACACUGUUGCAUACGACAGAUGAUCUUCGAUCUUUGGAAGGAGUAGACUUGCAUGCAAAAGCGGUUGAAAUACGCGGAGAGUUGUUCGUAGAUAAGGCAAUCGAUGGUGUUCAUGUGUCUGCGGACAAUGUUCUACUUCGUGGCGUGGAUCAGGUAUUCACGGGAAGAACACUACGGGCCACGAACUUUACAGUGGGUAAUUUGGUGGCAAAGCAGCUUAACUCGACGGAUGUUGGGAUGAUCAUGUCGUACCUGGAUCGAGUAUCAGAGUACGACAGCGCACAGAAAAGAACAGUUGAAAGUUAUCCGAAAAAGUUCAAAGAAAUCAGAGUUCAAGAUCUCGAAGUCAGCGGUCUUGUGAAUGAUGUUGAUAUCAAAUAUAUCAACAAGAACGCUUUGAAGAUCGUUGGAGAUCAAGUGAUUACUGGUAGCAUAAACUUCGAUAAUAUCGUUACAAGGAAACUUGAAACUCCCAACAAACGACUAUCUGGAGUAGAUUUGAACUACCUAGUCAUGACCGAACCGACGCCGGAUCAACAGGAUUUCACUGUACGACAAGACGUACAGUUCAUCAACCCUGUGUACAUGGAGAACUUACACGUAGAUGAUCGCAUCAACCACAUCAACGUGGUUGACGAUCAGCUGCAGGUACUGCUGAAGGACCCAAAGGAACCUCAACUCAUCACCGGUACCAAGUCGUUCGACAACGUCCAGCUUCUGGGGCCAAUCUACCUUCAGGGAAAAAUCAACAGUAGUAGUUUGAGUAAAUUGAAUCCGGUUUCUACGAUCACCCAAGACGUAUAUCUGGAAGGCGACUUUGUAAUAACCGGAGAUGUAUCGAUCAGACAACUGUUGAACACCUCCAACAUAUACGGAUCGAGCAAAACGUUCAACUUCUACGAUUUGUAUCACCAUGGCCUUCCGCUAAGUGCAGCUUCCGCCAAUCAGAACUUCGUCUUCAAGGAACCUCUUGUUGUGCAUCACGCGUUCGCCAACAAUCUCAAUGGUGUCAAUCCGAGCGACUUCAUCCCAAUACCUUCCAAAAAACUGCAGCGCAUUACCGGGCGGAAGAUAUUCAACGGAGAUCUAACCAUACGUGGUGAUCGAGUUGAUGCUGCCAUGAUCAAUGACAUUGAUUUAAAGCACUUGAAUCGAACGAUACUGAAAAAGACUGGCGAUCAAGUGGUUAAGGGAACGAUCCAUUUCAAGGAAUUGAUCGCAUCCACCGUAGUUGCGAAGACGACUCUGUUCGAGGAACGACCUCUGAGUACGCUCCUUACCGUGAAUACCAACCAACGCAUCAAGUCGAAGGUACGCUGCGUAAACUGUAAACUGACGAUCCACGGAGACCUGAGCGUCGGUCGAAUGGAAACGCACAACAAAUCCAGGCUAUUCGGUUAUGAUCUGGAUUUCCUGUUUUCUGACACACUACACAAAAGUUACGCUCAGCCUGAUUCGAUUGCGGUAACUGGCGGCAAGGGCUUCUACAACGUAACCGUUGGGGAACUCAUACUGCUGGAUCAAGCAACCAUCAACGGAGUGGACCUGAUUGGGCUGAAGAAGAUCAACGAUCCCCUCGAGAAGGAUGUCAUUGUGGAGGAAACGUUGAUUUUGAAGAAUCCUCUACACGUACGCAAUGUGUACUUCAACGGAUCGAUCAACGGCGUCCCGGCGCAAGAAUUCGGACGCACGUGGCUGUUGAACGAGUACAACCAAACGUUCACGGCGCCGCAGGUCUUCGAGCACGUGGCAGCCGAGGGGAUGUUCGUCGAUGGGUAUUUCAAUGGAGUCAAGCUGGAGGACUUGGUUCAGGACAUCUAUUUCUUGGAUCGAAGCGAACAUCUACCGGAGGCUAUCUUUCAUGAGGGGAUUGUCUCCUAUCAGCCAAUCACCGUCAAGGGUCUCGUUUCCGGUUUGAACCUGGCCACCGACGUGCUGUUGAACUACUCCCCAAAUCGUCAAUAUCUCAAGGACGUACGAAUCGAUGGUAAUCUGCUUGUGGCCAACCGGAUACACGUGGAGCAUACUUUGAACGGGAUGAACUACGCUAAACUACGGGAAUACGCAACAUCUAGUGGCGUUGAACGACCGAUGAACGUGGAGGUUCAAGGGAACGUUCAUUUCCACCUUCAACCGGACGUUUCUCAGCUUAAUGGGUACAGCUUGGAACAGCUUCAUCGGGAAAUUUGGCUGACGAAUCGAGAUGAAGUGCUCACGGGGUCAUACCGCUUCGACAACGUUCACUUCGGCAGCUAUGUUCAUACUAAGGGUCCGGUGAACCAGCUGGAUUUGGAGGAAAUUGUACACAGCUACCUGAGUGUAUCGAAGCCACAAAACGUGACUACACCGCUGGUUUUCAAGGGACCGGUGGAGCUUCAGAAGAUGGCAACAUUCGAUAGUAUAAACCUGGAAGGACUGCUGAAGGGAGCGAAGGAGUCUCGAGGAAUAAAUAUCGUGGACUUUGAUAGAUACGUCCUCAAGAAGAACGUCGAUCAAACCAUUACUGGAAAAUGGGUCUUCCAUGAUGCUGAAGUUUACGGAAACCUCAAUUUGACCACCCUAAACGGCCUGGACAUCAGACGGGACAUCCUGUUGAACCACGCUGAGCAGGUAACGUUCUCUGGAGCCAAACGAAUUGACAACCUUCGAGUUCAUAACCUCCGAUGUCCGGAUCCAUGCAUCAUCCAAGGGGUGGACUUUAGCGAAUGGUUCGCCAACUCUGUUCGUCUGGAUCGGAACCAUACCGUCGAGGGCGUCACCUAUCUGGAAGGGGCUACCAUCCUGGGAGACAUCGAAUCCCGUGGCCCAGUCAACAAUGUUACGUUUGAUCCUCAGAGUUUGCUUCUGAAAUCGGUUCCACAAACGCUGGAAGGUACCCUGUACCUUAAAACCAAAUUUCCAGAACACAACUUGAUCUACCAGUCGUCGAUCGAAUCUUUGGAGGUGAACUCCAUCAACGGCAAGGAUUUCAACCGGUUUAUGGACAAUCUGGCACGUGUUGAGGAGGGUAAAGUAACGAUAGAUACCCCGGUAACGUUGGUUCAGAACUUGAAUGCCAAGAAUGUCGAUACGGGCGAUAGUAAGAUGUUCGAUGUGAACAUCAACCAACUUCUGCAGGAAGUGGAAUACGGCGAUCAGCUGAGCCAAUACGAAACGAAGUUGCGACGGUUGCACAUGGUUGGUCAAUCCUUGGUGGAAACACUCAGUACCAAAACUCCUUAUCUGAGUCACUAUCAACCGAUAAAGCCUUUGCCGGGAUACUUCCGUAGCGUAGUUACUAUUACGUUACCCCUUUCACCAAUGCCGAUCGAGUUACUGGCUGCGCACGUGGACGACGGAAAUCGUACGGCCGUUGAGUUCUACAGGUGGAACAAGAAGGAUUCGCAGUUCCAUAUUGCUAAAGGUUUUCCACCCAUCACUUAUCCGACCCUUCAGAUCACCAAGACGAAACGAAUCGUCUUGGGUGGCGUGCAGAACCUCUUCGUUGAAUACUACGACCACAGCCGUCAUCUGUAUCGACAGUCCAUCCUUGACCUCGAAGCGCCGGACUUCACAGCACCUAAGAAGACACCGAAGUUCACCUCGAUCUACGAGUUCAACAGUUCACUACCCAGGGAUAUUGUGGCACUGAAGGUCUUGGAUCUGGACUGCGUCGGACUCUACUCGCCUCACAUCGAUGGGCUAAACGUGUACUGCCUCCAGUUGGAGAAUCUGGUGUACUACUUGAAGUUCCAUCAACUGCUUACCACGCCCGCCGUCAAUCAAGCUCUUCACCUAGACGGACGAUUGAUCCUACUGAGCAGAGAUAGCCUAUUGCAAGUGUGGCGACCACGGGCCGACUACAAACUAGGUCUCUUGCAGCUAAUCAAAAUAGCCCAUCCGACUUCGCUAACCGUAGCCAAAUUCGAGCAGCAGCUGUUCAUCGCCAUUAAUUCGGACCAGGCACUGACCGAGGCGUCCGCCCAUCACGGUUCCAUAGAGAUUUGGCGCGAUCUACGACCCCAGCAUCACAACAGCACCUUCAACAAGUAUCAAACCAUCCUGACCAAGAUGCCCAAGCAGAUCCAGUUCUCGGUCCUGGCAACCACUUCGGAACUGAUGCUGUACACUUUGACGGAGAAUCCGUUCCACCCGUUGGUGAUCUACCGCUACGAGGGUGUGGCCGGAUUCCGCGAAUAUCUGACGAGCAACGCGCUGCGAACCAGCAGUAAGCGGUUCACGGUGGUCAAACUGGAUCGCAAACAGCGGGAACUGUUGGCGUUGGUGAGCGAUCGGGAAGUGACGUGGAUCGAAGCUGUCAUAAAGGGGAGGUAGGGAAUUUAUGUAGAUUUGUACGCACGUACAAAACCUGGUUUUGUUGAUUAGUUUUGUAAUAAAAUGUUUCGUUCUACGUUCGA